AUGACGCAAGUCAUUUGUCAUGAUUUGAACGAGGUCUGGGAUGACAUUAGCGAAUUCCUGGAUCAGGAAAAUUUCCGCUGCGGUGAGGUCAGUCGACUAGCGUUCUCGCCACUUGAGACACCAACCGUUGGAAUGCUCACCUCAAGAGCACCUCGUGUACACGAUUUACCCGUAAGGGAACCGCCAAUAACGCUGGCUAUGCCACCUCCAACACUACCAACGGGAACAUUUGGCGCGGCGCCAUUACCGCCACCGCCACCGCCACCUUCCUCUCCGUCACGUACAACGUUGCCGUUCUGUUCGGCGCCAACAUGUGCCCUGGCUACUAGUAUUAACACUACUGUUGUUAGUAUUCCAACCAAUACUACUUGCUCAUUACUUCCUACUACUUCUACUUCUACCAAUAUUCCAACGUUCUAUCAUCCACCACCACCGCUACAACCACAACCACACCAACAACAACCACCACCACAACAACCUUCUCUUCCUAUUAAGGAAGAGUCUCCUCCGUCAAGUCCUGAACUCGCAUAUGCUACCACUGAUUCGGCUACGUAUUCAGGAAGUCCUUUAGCAAAUAGUCUGCCUGAUUUAAAUCUGCCUAAUCGGAGGAAUCGAAAAACAAGCAGUGGCGAAUGCGAGAGUUCCACAGAAUCCGAAGAGAGUGACCGACCUCGUCGAUUGCGACGAGGAAGAGAAUGCAAGCGAUUGGCGAUUCAUGCUUGUCCCUAUGCAGGAUGCAUGAAAACAUACUCCAAAAGUUCGCAUUUGAAGGCACAUGUUAGGACGCAUAGCGGUGAGAAGCCGUACUGCUGUUCAUGGGAGGGUUGCGAAUGGAAAUUUGCACGAAGUGAUGAAUUAACAAGGCAUAAACGAAAACAUACCGGUGAUCGCCCGUUCCAAUGCAGUCUAUGCGAUCGGGCGUUCUCGCGUUCCGAUCAUCUCAGUCUCCAUAUGAAACGUCACAAUGUCGCUUAA